UGCCUGGAAUUCAUCCAUGUUGCGUUUUUUUUCUGAGAAUCAAGAAUGUUAAAGAAUAGAGGUGUAGUCAGAAUAUGAAGACGAUAGCGUUUCUUAUGUUUUCUUUUAUAUAUUAAGCUUGAUAAAGUGAAGCUUUAUAUAUCAUGCUUUUAUUUUUUAGCUUCUUUACUUGUAAAUGAAUUGAGGGCAUCUUGCAAGUAUCGAUUUUUCUUCAGUUUCCGAGAUUGGUUUUAAGCCUCGAAGUAAGAUGAAUUUGUUUGAGAGAACCAGUUUUGAGAUGUUUUUUGCUGAAUGAGGAUUUGGUUGAUCUAUGCUCAAGUAUAAGAACCUUUUUCUGAGGCAGGGGUUAAUUGGCAAUCCGGGAUUCAUUCAAAGAGAGCACUUCGUUCCUUCUAAAUUGACAUGGGCGGCUUCGUGCUUGCCUGCUUGCCCGUCUGCAGUUGAUCUAUUGGGAACUAAGAGGUUCUAUUCUCAAGAAUUGGGGCUCAAAGGUUUUGGAGUUACAGAGGUUUCAUCACAGGUUCUGCGACAGAUGGAGACCAAUACGGUGAUUGCAGAAAAUGCAGACCACUUACAUCCUACGUAUGAUACGGCCAUGGAGGCUCUUUCCUCUCUCAUUACUACCAAGAGGCGAGGGGAUGUGCAAACAAUAAGUAAUAAAUAUACCAAAUUAGAGAGGAUGCAAAUGUAUGUUAAGAUUUUGGGUUUGGAAGAACCCAUAGAUCGACUUAAGAUUAUCCAUGUUGCUGGGACUAAAGGAAAGGGUUCGACAUGCUCAUUUUGUGAGGCAAUUCUAAGAGAGAGUGGAUUCAGGACUGGACUGUUUACCUCCCCACACUUAAUUGACGUGAGAGAAAGAUUUCGUCUAGAUGGGCUGGAUAUAUCUGAAGAGAAGUUUCUCCACUACUUUUGGGAAUGUUGGAAUCAGCUGAAGGAGAAUAUCACAGAGGACUUGCCUAUGCCUCCACUUUUCCAGUUUCUUACUGUAUUGGCCUUCAAAAUUUUUUCUUGUGAAAAGGUAGAUGUUGCUAUCAUUGAAGUUGGCCUUGGGGGUACUAGAGACUCGACAAAUGUGAUCAAGAAUCCUGUUGUCUGUGGUGUAAGUCCACUGGGCAUGGACCAUAUGGAAACACUGGGAGAUACGCUGAAGCAGAUUGCUUCUCACAAAGCUGGAAUCUUAAAGCCUCGUGUGCCUGCAUUCACGGUACCACAACUAUCUGAAGCAAUGGAUGUUCUUCAAGAAAAGGCCAGGGAUUUGACGGUACCCUUGGAAGUUGUUGCUCCUCUUGAUCGUAGAAACUUGAAUGGGGUGGAACUAAGCUUGUCUGGUGAUCACCAAUUUACGAACGCUGGUCUUGCCGUUGCACUUUGUAAAAGCUGGCUCCAGAGCACAGGGAAUUGGGAGAAACUAUCCCAACAUUCCAACCAGGAAGACAACAUACCAUAUGCAUUUUUGAGGGGUCUUCAAACAGCGCGUCUUUCUGGAAGGGCUGAGAUUGUUCACGACUCUGCACUACCGUGUUCUGCAAUGGCUGGUGAGGCUGGAGAUACUUCAGGGGAUCUCAUUUUUUACUUGGACGGUGCUCACAGUCCCGAAAGCAUAGAGGCUUGCGCUAGGUGGUUUUCAAGUGCCGUCAAAGAGAAAACCUCGAAAGAAGUUUCGGGUAACGGUAAUUUUAAGAUUGAGUCAGAAAAAACGUCUAAGAAGAUUCUUCUGUUCAACUGUAUGGAUGUCAGAGAUCCCGAAAGCCUUCUCCCUAUACUCGUUGAUACCUGUGCAUCGUCGGGCACACAUUUCGCAAAAGCCAUUUUCGUUCCUGGCAUCUCGACUUACACAAAGGUGACUUCUGCCUCGUCAGCCAUUCCUUCAGAGAUAGCUCCCAAGGAUUUAUCUUGGCAAUUCAACCUUCAGAGAGUUUGGGAAAACAUCAUUCACGGAAAAGAUGCCGUUAACAAGAAUCUUGAGACGCGAAUGCCAGAUAGUGUUCCACCACGCAAGUUCCUUGACAACGAUGCAGCUGGUUGCAGUGUUGCGGUGUCUUCCCUGCCAAUGACAAUCAAUUGGCUAAGGGACUACGUGAAGAAAAACCCGUCGUUGAGAAUUCAGGUUCUUGUCACGGGGUCGUUGCACCUGGUUGGAGAUGUGUUGAAGCUACUCCGGAGAUGAUUAGCAUGUGUCGGGUGGGUUACAAUCUGGGACAGAGGAUCUCGUUCGUUAAAUCCUAAAAUUAUGGGUAACAUUUUUAUUCUUAUAACAAGGGUCUUGUUAUACAAUGUGCAUUGGUUAUCUGUUACAUUUGAAGUUUUCCUUUGAUAUAUUUUUAUGAAUAUUUAAAAAAAAAAACAUUAUUAGAGACA